AUGUUUAAUAUGAGUGACGCUCUGUCGGCUCUUCCUUCUGAACUUCAACUUUUGGGGUCCGAGAACGAUGCUCAAUCGUGCAAGCGCAAAUCGAAAGCCAUAUCCUAUGCCUACGCAACACCCCUGACAAUCGAACUGAAGGCUCCAACAUCCCCAGCCACCUUGUUGUCCGAAGACCCACUCACUUAUCUGAACCAGGAUCAACCCUAUACAAUUGAAAUCAGCGAUGCUUAUGGCGAGAAUUCAUGCCUCAUCAAGAGCGUCGUCAGGAUCUGCUUCUACCAAGAGCGUCUCCAAGUCAACGAAGCUAAGCACCUUGCCUUUUGGCAGACCCAUCAUCAGGGCGAGCGAAUGCUUGAUCUCGAUGUGGAUGGUUGUUUCAAUGUUCGGGAGGUGUAUGCUGAUCCAGAUAAUCUUAACGCUGUGAUUUGUAUCUGGCACUCUUCUGCUCCCUGUAGUCUCUCUCUCAGGGCUCACUGUGUAAGCACAGAGUUCACCGCUAAGAAGCAUGGUGGUGAAAAAGGUGUGCCUUUUCGCAUCCAGGUGGACUCCUUUCGUGAGUGCGACAAUUCGCACAUCUACUCGGCAGCUUGUCAGGUGAAGGUCUUCAAACCAAAGGGUGCGGAUCGGAAGAACCGGACAGAUCGGGAAAAGAUCGAUAAGCGAACCAAAAUUGAACGACAACAAUAUCGUUCUGCGGCACCAACCACCUUCUUGGAAGAGGUGGCUUACUGUCCUAUAAGCCGUCUCGCUCUCAACGAUCCAGCCCCUUCCGCCACCCCUGAGCAUUCAGUGCUGGCUGCUCUCGAAGACUUUCUUUCCUCGGGCAACCAGCACCAACAACCACUGCUUCCACCCCCAACAGUAUUGGCAUCAGAUCGGGGAGUAGCGGCGGUGGACGCGACCACCACUAGUCCCCUAUGCCCUUCUCUCAUACAGUCAAAGUCCUCUGCUCAAGAUAAUGAGGGACUUGACGUUGGUCCGCUCGAGUUCAAUCUGAUCGGCCGAAAGGCCACUCGACAGGCAACAGCUCCUGUCCCCUUCCCCCCUCCGCCGGUUAAAAAUGGGCGGCAUUUUGGUCAAGAAGGUAGUGGGGACUGCUUUAGGAACAGUCCAAUAGCGGUCUCGGAGGUCAAUGUGGACGCGUUACCCCUUUCUCAAUGUGAAAUCAGUGAACACCACGUGUGUACAUCGGCUUUUCAACCGAUCUUCGCCUUUUCAACACCUUCCACCACCACCAUCGGCACAGCUUCUUCGAGAAACGUUUUCAAGCAUCCACCAAUUCAAUCCCCUUCUUCCUCAGUUCCCUCUCAGAAGAGAAGCACGACGCCUGGUGAUGAAGUGCCGUGUCCUGGCACCUGUUCUUGCUGUGGAAGAGCUUGCUCUGCCUCCAUCAUUUCUACGGGUCUCAAUCCAGAAGUCUCGCUUGAGUGGAGUGUCAAGAGACUGCGCAGGAAACGCCAAUCCAUGAUGGGUUUGAGACACAUGCAGAGAUUUUCAUGCGCCACGCAGGCAGGACAAGGGCAAACGGUGAUUCCCUGUGCGCCCUUUACAACCUCGGACUACUCCUGUCAUACCCUAGACGAUGACAAUGAGACAGCUGUGGGUCAGCGCAGACCCUCUACCUCCAGUGAGGCCAGUCAACCGAUCCCCUCGGACAAAUCCUCAAAGCCACCCUCACAGACUAAGAGCGAGGCGGAGGCCGAGGAGGACGAAGAGGAGGAGGAUGAGGCGGUGGUAGUGGUGGCAGGGGAGGAGGAUGUGGGAGAAGAUGGUGACGAUGAGAGCGAAGGAGGCACUGCUAACUCGCGCUCACCACCAACUCCACCUUCCAAAUCCUCGUUCACUGCUCCUUCCACUAUUGUUACUACUGCUGACGUCUCUGCUACGCCGUCGAUGGUUCUGCGCACACAGCGUGCCUCUGCUGUAGCCUCCACUCGUCGUGUACGCGCCUCCUUUCGAGCUGACAUGUCGCGUGCUGCUGUCUCUAACUGGCUCCGCUCUUGUGGCUUUGGUAGUCUCAGAUCCAAAUUCGCCAAAUUUACCGGUGCUGAUAUGCUUCGAUUGAAUCGCCGUGAUCUCGUUCUAUUGUGUGGCACUGUGGAAGGAAUUCGCCUCUCAAAUGCGAUAUUACAAAAGCGAGUGAAUCAGUUUCCUCUCUCAUUCAAUUCUCCACUUUCACUAAUCGCUAUUCUCUUUUUCAGACCGCCUCGAGCUACUUGCACCAUUUUUGUUAGGAAAGACUCUGAAGUAGUCUUUCAAGCUAUCUACCUGUACCAACAAACUGAAGCGGAGCUUCGCGUUCGUCUAACCUCAUAUCUCAAGUUGGCCAUCACUUCCCAAAAUAUUUUGGUUGUUUUAAGGAAGUCUCCUAACUUCGAUGUUGCUGUUAACGAUGAGGUGGUCGCGUAUUUUGAAGAUCAGAGUUGUUUCUCCGUAUCUGUUUCUGGUUUAACUGGCGUGGAGGUUACUAUCUCUAUGCAGAAGUUGUGA